UCAAAAUUGCAAAUUAUCAGGAUGAAGUUUUCAUCGAUAUCUCCAGCAAUCCUUCUCUUCUUGACAUGGCACUUCACUACAUCAGGUAAACUCGGAGAGGUGGAGGCAUGCAUCAUCUACAUCAAUAACAAAUGCCCCUUUCCUAUAUGGCCAGCAACAGCCCCAAAUGCAGGCCAUCCAGUUAUAGCAAACGGCGGCUUCUACCUUCCACCAGGCCGAACUCGCAGAUAUGGUGCCCCAGGGGAUUGGAGUGGACGCAUUUGGGCUCGAACUGGUUGCAAUUUCGACGAUCCCACCAAUCACAAACCCGCCUGCGAAACAGGCGAUUGUGACGGAAAACUCGAAUGUGAAGGAACCAUAGGCCUUCCUCCAGUUACACUAGUAGAAAUGUCUAUACAAUUUGACAAAAAACAACCAAGUUUCUACGAUGUGAGCUUAGUUGACGGAUAUAACCUCCCUGUUUCUAUAACAUCAAAACCUUCAGCAUCAAAGUGCGUCAUUACAAGUUGCUCAAGAAACUUGAAUGCCAUGUGCCCACCAGAGCUUCAGGUUAUAAAUGAUGAAGGACAAGUGGUGGCAUGUAAAAGUGCUUGCUUGGCAUUCAAUCUGGACUCAUUUUGUUGCAGGAACAAAUAUGGGAGCCCUGACAAAUGCAAGCCAAGUGUGUACUCGAGUUUAUUCAAGAAAUCUUGUCCCUCUUACGUUACUUAUGCUUUUGACACACCUUCACCUGUGGUUGGCUGUUCAUCCGAUCAAUUUGUCAUAACUUUCUGUCCAGAUCAAUGGGGCACAGACCAUUCGUCUGCUUGAUAGAAUUAUUCCUCCUCGUUGCAGUUAUUUUUAGUUAGUUGGAAUGUGAUCUGUAUACGAAAUAAUAUACAUUCUUAACUCCAUACUAAUUUAUAGUAGCAACAUGGCACAGUAUAUAUAGUGGGUUUUCUAUGUUCCUCAAUAAUUUAAAUGAAUACACGAUUUUUUUUCCUCCCCUUACCUAUUAUGAAAUGAUUUUGAAUCAACA